AUGCUUCCGGACACUCCACAGCAAAAUGGGAUUGCUGAGCGCCGCAUUGGCAUGGUUAUAGACGUCGCCCGUGCGUCCAUGAUGCAUGCGGCUGCCCCCCAUUUUCUGUGGCCGUUUGCGGUUCGGUACGCGGCGCAUCAGAUCAACCUUCAGCCCAGGGUCUCCAUGCCGGAGACCUCCCUAGUUUUGCUGUGGACGAGGAAGGUUGGUGAUGCGUCUGCGUUCCGUGUCUGGGGAUCUCGGGCGUUUGUCCGCGACUUGUCUGCGGACAAGCUGUCCCCUCGUGCUGCUCCCUGCAUCUUCCUUGGCUUCCCCCCUGACGUGCCAGGGUGGCAGUUCUACCACCCCACCUCUCGCCGUUUUCUGUCCUCCCAGGACGUCACGUUUGACGAGUCGGUCCCCUACUACCGUCUCUUCCCCUACCGCACUCCGUCCCUCCCCCCGCCGCCGCUCUUCCUUGUGCAUGGUCCCCCCCCGGUAGACCCCCUUCCCCCUCAGGGUCCUCCCCCUUCAGGUGUGUCCCAGGUAGACGCAGUCGAGCCUGUGGAGGUUGCUGGUGACUCUGGUGCUGCUGGGGGUGCUGAGCCUGGGGGUGCUGACUCUGUGAGUGCUGAGCGUGUGGGUGCUACGCCUGGGGUCUGGGGGUACUGA